AAAGUUCUGCACCUCAAGAUACGCAGCUAUGGAACCUGUGAUGACGGCAGAUUUCUCGUCUCCCAUGUUACGUGAACGUAUCACAAGGAGCGAAGUACACGUCAGCGGAUGCGAGCGCUGACUGACCAGGAAGUGGCUAGUUGGCUAGCAUCGGAGAAUGAGCAGCUGAGACUUUUGGCAGUUUCAGGGGGCAGCAUGGGUAGGCAGAGGAAGAGGGUGGGGACCACUGAAGUAUCUCCAAUACCAAGGAAAGAUGAGAAGCCCUCUGCAUUUCAUCGCAAGGAGAAGAAAAAGAAAGCCGAUAUUGGAAAGAUCUUCAUCAACAUCUCUAUCGGCCUUUGUAUAUUCAGUUUGAUCUGGUUCUUUUAUGCCCUCUACAUGCGGUCCAGCCUGGCCAAACGGGUGGCGACUUUGCACCCAUCACCACCUGUCCUGGACGCAAACAGCAGCAGUGCUAAGGUUUCCCCAGAGAGGUUCUGGGGUUCAUACAGGCCACAGGUCUACUUUGGCAUGAAAACCAGGACUCCCAGGUCCAUUGUGACAGGCAUGAUGUGGAUGCGUCAGUUUUCUGAGAUGGACAUAAACCUGAGGCACACUUGUGAGCAGGGGGACCGUUUGAAAGGCUAUGGCUGGCUGAUGCAUGAUGGAAUCACUUUUGGUGUUCAGGAAAUCCGAGACAAUGAUUUCACCUUAACCACAGAGUUUGUCAAGAGGAUGGGAGGGGAUCAUGGAGGAGACUGGACCUGCAGGAUCACUGCCAAGCAGCAUAGCUCUGUCCCUCAAGCACCAGUCAUCUCCCUGAUGUUUUACGCAGCAGCGGACACACGGGGCUCCCUUGAGGCUCACAUCGAGGAGAGAAACCGCCUUGCAUCCAUCACUGGUUUUUCAGAGGAGCUAGGAAACUUCAAGAUCACUUUUAGAAAACCUGUUACCGGGGAAUUGUCCAGUGCAAAAUAUUCCAGUUUUAACUAUCUUCAGACUGUGUCCCCUGGCUUGGAGAAGCUGACUGAGAUUGUGGAGCACAGUCUGAACCACAGGUUUGUCUACACCUUCCCCUCUGGUGAGAAGAGGCAUUACAUUGCUGUUGACACCUACAAGCCUCCCCAUCACCAAAACCAACAGAAACCUGCCGACACAAGGAAGGAGAGUGACUUUGUGGUUUACCAGGUGACUGUCCAGCUGCCGUUCCAGAUUGAGGUUCUGUUUGAGUCUGGAAGCUUCCACAAUCGCCCUAACCAGCUAGUGGGCUCGAUCAUGACCCAGGAGCUGGAGAAGAGAAAAGCAGAGUUUGAUGCAAAGUUUGAGAAGACUUUUGGGCUUCAGAGCAAAGGUUUUAGUCAAGCGCAUAUUCGGUUUGCCAAGGCAGCGCUCAGCAACAUGUUGGGUGGAAUGGGCUAUUUUUAUGGUCAGUCAGUGGUGCAGUCAGUCUACAACGAGUACCCACUUUUAUACCCCGAAGGUGCUCUAUUCACCGCAGUACCGUCACGCUCUUUCUUCCCAAGAGGAUUCCUCUGGGACGAAGGCUUUCACCAGCUGCUGCUCGGUAAGUGGGAUCCCCAGUUGACAAGGGAGGCUAUUGCCCACUGGAUAGACCUGAUGAACAUGGAGGGCUGGAUUCCCCGUGAGCAAAUUCUGGGAGAUGAGGCACGCAGUAAGGUCCCAGCUGAGUUUGUAGUUCAGCGCAACGAGAAUGCCAACCCACCAACUCUUUUCUUAGCCCUUCAAGAACUUAUUAAACAACUCUCUGCAAAUGAAGGCGAUGCAGUUCUUCACCCAACUUUGCCUUUCCUCCGACGUCUUUUCCCCAGACUGAAAACCUGGUUUGAAUGGUACAACACCACACAAACAGGGCCACUGCCUAACUCCUACCGCUGGCGUGGACGGGACAAGGACACAAACCUCUUCCUCAAUCCCAAGACCUUGACCUCUGGGUUGGAUGACUACCCACGAGCGUCACACCCUUCAACUGACGAGAGGCACGUGGAUUUACACUGCUGGAUGGCCUUGGCCUCCGGUGUAAUGGCUAGUAUCGCUCGGCUUUUAGAUGAGCCCUAUCAGGACUAUGAAUUCUCCCACCAAGUCCUCAGUGAUAACAACUUACUGAAUGAGCUCCACUGGUCAGAGCACCACCGUGCCUUUAGCGACUUUGGCAACCACACUCAGGCUGUGUCUUUGCAGCAGGAGAAGGUGUACGUACCUCCUGGACAACAGCGCCAUCAAUACCCUAUAACUCGGCUUGUGCGCUCGGUCCGCAGGGCUCCCAAGAUGCAGUAUGUCAAUGCUUUGGGUUAUGUUAGCUUGUUUCCCUUUUUACUACACAUCCUCCAACCUGACUCGCCUAAACUAGAACAUAUCUUACGAGACAUGAGAGACCCCGACAAGCUGUGGACGCCCUAUGGCCUGCGUUCCCUCUCUAAGUCUGAUCCCGUGUAUAUGAAGCGAAAUACAGAACAUGACGCCCCCUACUGGAGGGGCCCAGUUUGGAUUAACAUCAACUACUUGGCAGUUAGAGCCCUGCACCACUACAGGAACACACAAGGUCCAUACCAAGAAAAGGCAGCUGCUCUUUAUGAGGAACUCAGGACUAAUAUUAUCAACAAUGUUUACAGACAGUAUGUGGACACAGGUUAUAUCUGGGAACAGUACAAUGACAGCACUGGGAGGGGCCAAGGAAGCCACCCCUUCACUGGAUGGUCAGCUUUGACAGUAUUAAUCAUGGCUGAACACGACUGAUUCUGUAGAUUUCAUCUCAUGUUUUCAUGAUACCGGCCUUCGUUUAUGAAAUAUAGAGUUGUUAAAGCCAUACAAUAAAGAUUCAGCUGGAAAGAAUAGGAAUUACUGAUCUAAUUUCAGCAUUGAAUCUUUAUAAAUGAAAUAACAGAUUUCUUUCUUGAUUUCUUGGAUGGAUUUUUACUCGUGCCAUUUUUUUUCUUUGUUAUCUUCCGCUGCCGCAAUAACCGUUCAUUUGGAUUUUAAGACUUACCGAGUUUUGCUCAACAUUUCUAAAAUUGCAGCCUCAGAAAGGAAAGUUGAGUUGUAGAGAAGGAAAAACAAACAACAAGCAGACCUAUUUUGUACACAUUGUCUGGUUUGACUGGCAGGGAAUACAACAUCGACUGUGACAUUUGUCUUUUGAUGAAAACAAUAAAUAAAUGUUGAUACUU